AUGUGGUACACGAAGCUAAGCGUAAUCGCUGCUGUGGCCGUGGUAGCGAGCCCCGCAUUGUCUAGUGGUACGCCACCAACGUUACAUGGACUCUCGCGUGGCGCCCUUCCGCUUCCGCUCCCGCUCCCGCUCCCGCCUUCACCCGCAAGCCAGCAACCAACAUCCCUAUCAAGCGAGCUCAAUGCGACUGCACGUUCGCUCCAUUCCUCGGCAGAAGCAUCCCAACACGAGCUUCUGGCGUUUCAGGCUCGCCUCUCUGAGUCUCCGCCCAGAAUCGAUCUUCUCCAGUCACUCAUCCAGAAAGAUUCGGAUGUGGCCAAGCGUGCCCGAGUCGCAUGCCAGGUGGCCAAGCUCGUCCUCACAAAAGUAAUAGCUUCAAAUGACUCCGACUACGAGAUUGAAAAGGAUGCCAAUUGGUACGAAAGCCUUCACUUCCCUAUUGUCCUCGCUUACAUAGAUUUGUAUCGUGGCAGGUCACAAACCUGUUGGCUCCCGGCCGCGUGCUUCAUCCGACCACAAAACUCGCUCGAAGUCGCCGUGACGUUAAAAAUCAUCGCGAAUGUACAAGCAAAGUUUGCAAUAAGAAGCGGCGGACACAAUGCCAAUGCAGGGUUUAGCAGCAUCGACCAGAAUGGUUUGCUCAUCGAUGUACGAGACCUACAAGUUCGCAGGCUGAAUGCGGACGGAUCAAUGAGUGCUGGCUCUGGCAAUCGCUGGCAGGAUAUAUAUGACUUUCUAGACGGCUACGGCUUAGGUGCUGUGGGCGGACGCCACGAUGAUGUUGGAGUCGCCGGCUUUCUUCUCGGGGGAGGCAUGUCUUUCUUUCCGAAUCUAUAUGGUUUGGGCGCGGAUAGUGUGGAAAACUUCAAGGUUAUUCUAGCAAACUCCACCAUUGUGAAUGCAAAUGCGAAAAGCAACCGAGAUCUUUUCCAAGCGCUCAAAGGAGGGUCGUCGAAUUUUGGAGUUGUGACAGAAUUCCGAAUUCGACCUCGUCCUAUCCAGCGUAUAUGGUAUUCCAUGGACAUUUACAACCCAGUGGAUUAUAAGGCUGUUCUCAAUGCGACUGCGCAAGCCCAGAGUGCUAUGGAAAGUGAUUCCAACCUGGGCUUAUUCGUCAAUGUCGGCCCUCAAUCAUUGUUUGUGGGGAAAUUCUACGCACAAUGGGCUCCAUUUCCAAGCGCUUUCCAAGCGUUCAGUCAUCUCACACCCAUUCAAACCUUCGUGCCACAAACGAACGGGACCCUCAAGGAUUUGGUCACCGCAAUCAACACGCACAUGGGCGAAGCCAAAAGAGAGCCGCACGCCGUCAGCCAUGGCGUAGACCUCGAGCUUUACAUCAAGCUGCAUGAACAGUAUCUUACAUCGGUGAACUCAUCAAAAACACCUACAGCGACCCUCACGUACACAUUCCAGCCGGUAGGAAAGGCUUGCGUCGAAUAUGGCAGGCAGCAUGGUGGAAACUCUCUCGGAAUCGAGCUCGCCCCGCAAACUUGGUUUGCGCCCCUGGUUGAGUGGACAUCACAGGAAGAGGAUGCAGCUUCGCACGAGCUGGUUACCAAGCUGGGCGAGAGGGCCGAAGCAAUCGCGAAGGAGCAAGAUGCCUUCUUCCCUUAUCAGUUCAUGAACGAUGCCUCACACGUGCAGAAGCCGCUAGCCAGCUAUGGAUCACAAUCCUUGUCGAGCCUCUUGGCUGUCAGUGCAGCUUACGAUCCUAGCCAACUGUUUCAACGGCUACAGAACUCUGGCUUCCUCCUAUCACGCAGCAUCGGGGUUGCCACUUUCAUGUAA